AUGCGUGUCAUGGAGCUAGAGAAAAAUGUGAAGUAUGGUUAUCUUCCAUUUAUGGAGAAGGACAUUCGCAAUUUAUUUUUGAAAGCUAAUAAAAUUUUUGAAAGAAGUGAUGUUAUGGACCUUCUGAAGUAUUGUGAGGAUACAAAAAAGAGUUGUUCUAAAUUUCAAUAUGCUUAUACUCUUGAUGAAGAAAGAAGGUUAGAACAUAUUUUUUGGUCUCCUGCUUCUUGUUUUGAUUGGUACAAAAAAUAUGGCGAUGUUGUUGUAUUUGAUACUACAUACAAGGUCAACUCAUAUGAAAUGUCAUUUGGUAUAUUUGUGGGUAUGAAUGGUCAUGGAAAGACUAUACUAUUCGGAUGUGCACUCUUACGAAAUGAAACAACAUCCGCAUUUCGUUGGUUAAUGAAGCCACCAAAAACUAUAUUAACUGAUCAAGAUUUGUGGAUGAAAGAAGCAAUCUCAAAAGAAUUGUCAUCAACAAAACAUAGUUUCUGCAUAUGGCACAUCACUUUUAAGUUUAGUUCUUGGUUUAAUGCUAUACUUCGAGACAAAUAUGCAAAAUGGUGUUCUGAGUUUUAUGAGUUGUAUAAGUUGGAGACACGUGAUGUGUUUGAGCAUCAAUGGCCGAAAGUUGUUGCUAAGUAUAACUUGCAAUCAAAUAAACAUGUGAAAGGAUUGCAUGAAAUCCGAAAUUAUUGGGCGUUCGCUUAUCUUCGUGACUAUUUUUUUGGUGGGAUGACAACCACCGGAAGAUCAGAGAGUAUCAAUGCAUUUAUUAAAAGAUUCAUCAAUUCUCACACAAGUUUAACUGACUUUGCAAAACAGGUUGAUGUUGCAAUUGAUGAUAUUAAACAAAAAGAAGAGCAUGAUAUAAUGUUGGAAAAGUGCAAGGGAUCAACUAUGAAGUUGAUUUCACCCUUACAAGAGCAAGCUCACAGUGUUCUCACACGUUUUGCUUUUCAGAAGUUUCAAGAGGAAUUUGAAAGGUCCAUUCAAUAUUCAAUUCAUCAUGAAAAUGAUAAUAUGUUUGUGUUGCGGUAUUAUAAAGAUGUUAACAAUAGAAAACAUGUAGUCUUUUGGGAUGGUAAAAUAGCUACAUGUAGUUGCAAGAACUUUGAAUUUUGGGGGAUAUUAUGUCGUCAUAUUCUCAGUAUUUUUCUUCACAAAGAUUACCAUGAAUUUCCUUCUAACUACAUGCCAUCGCGGUGGCGGCUUCAAUUACCACUCAACGAUGAUGAAAUAGAGCCCCAAGUUAAUGUUGUCAUUAAGGAAGAAGCAAUCGAUUGCAACAAUGAAGUUCAUUGUCCUCCAAAGUCUAAACCAAAAGGUCGUCCCAAACGAAGACGUCUUAAAGGUGGCAAAGAGUUAUCACAUAACAUGAACACUUGUGGAUUAUGCAAAGGUCAAGGACAUAACAUUGCUACAUGUCCUUUAAAAGAGAAAAAGAAGAAUAACAACAAGAAGAAGAAAGUUUGUGAAGAUGCAAAUUUAAACCCGAUUCUUCUAUCAAAAGUUUAG